ACACCCAUAGCCUCAGUCUGGUGCGUGACCUAUAUAGCAGCUCCUGGUGUCAUUCCCAGGAGGGUAUCGCUACCGUGACAAGGAGAACAUCACUGCUCGGAACAAGUUCAAGUAUCAUGACUGAACUCCACAAGAAAUACUGCAAGAGCAUCGGUAGAUGGCGCUGUGUGGCUAUAGCCUUGUUUCUCAUAGCUCUGGCAUUAGUCGUGGCUCUUAUUGCCGUCUCCAUGAUGAAGGAACGCCAGGCUGCGGAUGAUUGUGGAGAAAGUUUUGGGAAGCCCGAUAUUGACACAUCUGAGGCAGAGGAACCUGGGCUGUAUGAUGACCUUACCGUGAAGGAGCUGAAAGCCAUCCAGGACUACCUGUACAGCCUGAAGACGCAGUUAAACCUCAAGAAGCCCGAUAAAGCUGCAGUCAACGUCAGCUAUAUAUAUGUGUCAGAUCUUCACCCACCACUGAAAUCAGAAGCACUGGCCUACUUAAGUGGGUCCGGACCUAAACCAGAAAGGAAAGCUCGAAUUGUGAUCUUUAGAGGAGACGCUGUUCCGCCAGUGUCAGAAGAAUAUAUUGUUGGUCCUCUCCCUAACCCCAACAGUUGCAAGUUGUUGACGGUUCCUGGCCGCUUGAAUCCGGUUCCAUAUGCUUUCCGACCUAUAGGAUACGUGGAGUAUGGAGCAUUCUACACGAACCUGUUCCGAGAGGUAGACAAAAAGAUUGGUUUUAUUUUGAAGGAGAGUUAUGGUGCCACAUUUACAGACUGUGGAGACAGAUGCCUCAAUUUUUACCCAACACCUGUGGGUUCUGGUAUUAGCAAAUCGAGAGUGAGGAAGAUGUGGUUAUCAACAAGUCACUUCGUUGAGUAUUACGACCUUAACCCUGUUGAUCUACUGAUGCUUGCAAAUGUCCACUCCCAAGAUCCUGCAAACUUCUAUAUUGAAAAACUAGUAUAUGCUGAUCAGGAGUAUUCCAGUCUGGAUGACCUCGCCACCCAGUACAGAGCUGGUUCAAUCCCAAAAUCCAAGAUACCAUUCCCCGAAAACGUCAAGGAAUUGAAAUCUUCCUUACACAGAAGAGGUGAGCCUGUCCCAAAGAAGCCACAGAGACCUCCCCGAAUGUACGAACCUGACGGUAAGCGAUACAGUGUGCACCAUCGCCACGUGGAAUACAUGCAGUGGGCCUUCAACUUCAGAAUGUCCACUUUAAGUGGUCCACAAAUUUACGACAUCCGCUUCAACAAUGAGAGGAUUGCAUAUGAAGUUGGCCUACAAGAGAUAGCUGUCUUUUAUGCGUCCAAUAACUCUGCUACACGGAGUGCUGAUUUCAUCGAUAGUGGUGCUCUCAUUGGCACCCACUCCCAAUCUCUGGUUCCUGGUGCGGACUGUCCAGAGACGAGUACAUUCUUCAACUAUUCCUAUUUGGGUGAAACUUCCGAGGAGCCAGUUGUUCUUCAGAGAGCUUUCUGUCUGUUUGAACUGAACCAAGGAAUUCCUCUUCGUCGCCAUCUUUCAUACAGCCAGGUUGAGGGUGGCUUCUAUUCCGGAAUGGAGGACAAUGUCUUAAUUCUUAGAAGUAUCUUGACCGUUGUAAACUAUGAUUAUGUGAUGGACUUUAUAUUCCACCAAAGCGGAGCUAUGGAGGUUCGAGUUCUAUCGACUGGGUAUAUAUUCGGCUCUUUCUAUACCCCCAAAGAAGAUCCAUAUGGCUUCCAACUGAAGCAAAAUACCUUUGGUAGUAUUCAUCACCAUCUGUUCCUCUUCAAAGCAGACGUUGACAUUCAUGGACAGACCAACAGAUACGAAACUCUUGACAUAUCACGUGACGUUUCCCCCAACUCACAAACGACAGACGACCCUAACUCCAAGUACUACCAAAUCAAGUAUGAGCGUUCUCUCAAGAGGGCAGAGAUGGAUGCAGCCUUCAAGUUCAACUUUGAGAAGCCAAAAUAUCACGUGUUCCACAACAACGACAAUCCCACCAAAUUCGGGGCAAUCAAGUCUUACAGAAUCCACGUGAACGGAAUGUCCAAGGUGCUAAUCCCCGAGGACAUUGGUAAUGAGCCAGCUAUUAACUGGGCGAGGAACCAGAUGACUGUUACCAAGUUCAAGGACGACGAAAGAGAUGCCAGCUCCGUCUAUGGAAUGUUCGAUACCAUGGAACCCACAGUCAACUUUACGUCGUUUUAUGCUGACAACGAAGACAUUGUUGACGAGGACCUGGUGGCCUGGAUCAGCAUGGGCAUCCAUCACAUCCCCCACACUGAGGACAUGCCCAUUACCCCCACCCCCGGGGCCCACCUCAGCUUUGCACUGCUUCCUUACAACUACUUCGAGGAGUGCCCGUCCUCCCAGUCACGUGACUCCAUCAGGGUGGAGUAUAAAGACAGCCACCACCCCGAGAAGGGCGCCCGGGUGGUGAGAUACGGUAAUGCGGAGAAGCCACGCUGCAUCCCUAAAACUCCAGACUAUGACGCCAUGGUGGAGCGGAAUCCGUCGUGCGCAAUUGAGGUGUAGGAUGAUAAAUGUUCAUCAGAUGUUUCCAUCUAGAGAACAACAACAUUAGAUUUUUACUGUAAAGGAUUUUGCUUCUUAGUUUAUCCAUGUCUGUCCACAUAUCUAACGUGUGUGAGCGAUUUACUACGGAGCGUUAGUUUCAUGAGGGAAAUGAUGAAGUCUAUCAGCACAGGUUUGGUGCAGACAAACCAAGAAUCAUAAUCAGGGAGAAUCUAGGAUUCGAACCACGAUAAACGGAUCCUGCCUCGUCUAAAGAAGACAAGUCACGCCGCCACUGUCGUAGGCUGCUUUGUACAAUCGAUACAACAACGCCAGACUGUUAUGGUAAGUGACUGACAGACAGACGUACUGUUGAAAAUAAUUUUUGAUAUGUAUAUGACUAUUUUCUCCUAUCGUAUGCUUCCUUCGUUUCCAUUAUUGCAUGUUUGAAACUAUACUUUUACUGACAAGAACUCCAUCAGUGCUGUUCACAUGUUGAUCAUAUACAUUAUGGAUAUCAAUUUUGUUGUCAAUAGACUAUAUUAGUUGUUCACUGGUCUCGAGGGGGACAUGGGCUGAUGUACCCUCGAUGUUAGUUUAUGUUCCCUGAAACAUCGAGGGUACAUCAACCCAUGGGCCCCGAGGGACCGGUGAACAACGUAUUUAUCUUACCGAACACCUCAAUGGUAAUUUUGAACUGUUUCAAGCACGGGUAUUAGAUCAUAGUAUGGACUACCAGGCGACAGGAAAAACAAAUUUAGAGUUACCUCCCUUCCAUCGGUAAUUUCCGCACAUCAUACGUGAUUCAAUGUUAUUCGAGAUAAAGAAUUACUAUGAAGUACCAAAUGAGUUCGGCAUUCCCAGCGGGGUACAUAGAAACUGUUAUUCGCUUGUAAGCGGGGUACAUUGAAAAUAAUAGCAGAGCGCUCAACCAAUCAGAAAACGACAUUUAUGUGCGAGGCAAGAUAAAUCAGAUUCCUUAUACGGUCUCUCGUGUAUGAGAAGGAUGUAUUAUCCGGAAAUAAACUCCACUUUCCAUACUU